CACAUGCUAGGAAACCCGACUGUGAGGGUCACAGGGGCGGAAAACGUUAGACAGAUACUACAGGGUGAACACGUAAAUGUGAUAUCGGUAUGGCCUUAUACGUUCCGUACGAUAUUAGGGGGAAAAUCAAUAUCGAAUAUGAGCGGUAACGAACACGCCUACUUCCGAAAGAUGGUAAUGAAAGGUUUCACACAUGCUGCACUGAAUAGCUAUAUAUCGUACACAAAAAAAAUUAUCAACAUAAAGGUUGGUUUAUGGAAUAAUUUGGACGAACCAGUUGAUAUCCAUAACAAUAUUCUGGAGAUGACUUUUGAAGUAUCUGUGAAAGUAAUGACCGGACUUCAAUGGAAAAAUCAAGAAGAAAUGCAAAAGACAUGUCACAUAUUUCAAGAGAUGAUUAGAAAUAUUUUCUGUUUUCCAUACAAUUUACCAUUUUCAGGAUUUCGGAAGGCACAGAAUAGCAGAAAUUACAUACAUGCCAUUUUGGACCAUCACUUGAGGAAGAAAGUUGAAAGAAUAAAUGCCAAUGGAAACGAAGAAAGCAUUGAAGAAACUCCAGCAGAAAAUGACGUUAUACAGCGUAUACUGGAAGCAGACAUGAUGGAAAAGAUAAAAUCAAACGGAUCGGAAGAAGAAUCUGAAAACGGGUACAAACGACAUAAGAAAUGUGGAUUCAGUAUCGAUGAGCUGAAGCAAAACGCUGUCGAACUUAUGUUUGCUGGAUUUAAAACAACAGCAAGUGGUAUUUCAUCACUUAUUAUACAGUUGACAAAAUAUCCAGAUGUCAGAAAAAGGAUUGAAGGAGAGUUGAAAGAAAAUGGCCUACUCGCUGAGGGUUCUGUUGUGACGAGCUUGGAACAAAUUCAAAAAUUAACCUAUCUCGAGCAAGUUGUGAAAGAGACUUUGAGAAUAAUGCCGCCAAUCACGGGUGGAUUUAGAAAGGCACGGAAAACAUUUCGAAUUGGGAAUUAUCGAAUUCCAAAAGCCUGGACAGUGAUUUAUGACAUCAGAGGCACUCACAAAAACGAAUUUGAAAACAGCGAUGUGUUUGACCCUGACAGAUUCUCUCGUGAAAACUGGACGAAAAACAAAGACAAUAGAUUCCGUUGGAUACCCUUUGGAGGUGGACCGAGAAUAUGCCCGGGCAACCAUUUCGCCAAACUUGUGAUCAAGCUAACGGUCAUAGAAAUGAUAGCACACUUUAAAGACUGGAAAUUUUCCGGUGACGAGGAACCGUCUAUGUCUGCUAUUCCUAUAUUACAACCUCGCAACGGUCUUUGUAUGAGACUGAAAUCUCGCCGUGCUCAUAAUCACGGAUAGAAGAUACAAGUAUUUGGCAAAUACAACCAAAGAAACUUUGACAAAUAUAUAUCCAACUUUUAUUCAUUUCAGCAUAUAAUCCUCA